UACAAAUCUUAUUUUGUGUAUCGCUCAAGGUCUAACAGUAGAUAAGAGUUAAAAAAAGAAUUUAAUUUUUCAUCCUUUACUUUAUUUAAGACCUCGAAGUUUACUGCUCUUUAUAAUAUGCAGAGUCUUAAGCAAUUUCGUAGUUUGACGAUAAUUUUUUGUCGCAAUAUGAAUACAGCAAGAAACGUUUCUUCUACUGUUUCACCAGCUUUGAUUGAUACAUUUGAACGAAGGCACAACUACUUAAGGAUAUCACUUACAGAAAAGUGUAACUUGAGGUGUCAGUAUUGUAUGCCCGAAGAAGGAGUAAAUUUAUCACCUUCAUCUCAGUUGCUGACUACAAAAGAAAUAAUUCUACUAUGCAGUCUCUUCUCAAAACUUGGAGUGAAUAAAGUCCGGUUGACCGGAGGGGAACCACUUGUAAGAAAAGAUAUUGUUGAAAUAGUUAAGUCUUUAAAGGACUUAAAAUCUUUAAAUACCAUAGGAAUAACCACAAAUGGUAUUGUCUUGCAUAAAAAACUGAAAGAACUGAAAGAAGCUGGCUUAAAUGCUAUUAAUAUCAGCCUAGACACAAUGGUUCCAUCAAAAUUUGAGUUUUUGACAAGGAGGAGGGGCUGGGACAAUGUUGUUCAUAGCAUUCAUUCAGCUUUAGAAAUGGGCUUUGAUCCAGUGAAGAUAAACUGUGUUGUGAUGAAAGGAAUAAAUGAUGAUGAACUAUGCUCCUUCGUCAAGUUCACUGAAAAUCAGAAAGUUGAUGUGAGGUUUAUAGAGUACUCUCCAUUUAGUGGAAAUAAAUGGAACAACAAGAAAAUGGUGCCAUACUUAAGCAUGAUAGAUAUUAUCAAAAAAGAAUAUCCUGAAUUAAAGCGUUCACAGGACAAACCCAAUGACACAGCAAAGGCAUAUAAAAUACCCAACUUCAAAGGUCAAAUUGGAUUUAUUACAUCAAUGACUGAAAAUUUUUGUGGCUCUUGCAACCGCUUGCGAAUCACAGCUGAUGGGCACCUUAAGGUUUGUUUGUUUGGAAAAGAAGAAGUUUCUUUGCGUGAUAUUCUAAGAAAAGGAAACUCUGAAGAAGAACUCAUACAUGUCAUUUCAACUGCUGUUCUCGACAAGAAAAAACAACAUGCUGGAAUGUUUAAUCUUAUGAAGGGGGAGAACAGACCGAUGAUUCUAAUUGGUGCUGUAUUAGAAAAUUCCUUGUGCAAUAUCAUCAGAAAUCAUAAAUCAAGGACAAACCCUUAUCAAAGAAAAUAUCUUCAAUCACAAGCAAUUCAAUUCUUCCAUCAACGCAGUAUCUUUACAAAUUCAAAGCUUCAAUCAUCAGAAAUUUUGUCACAUGUUGAUGCUGACGGAAACCUCAAUAUGGUAGAUGUUAGUUCCAAAACCAAAACUGUGCGAACGGCAGAAGCUGAAGCUGUAGUUUAUCUGGGGCCAAUGGCUUUCAGAUUAGUGCAUGAAAACAAAAUAAAAAAAGGAGAUGUUACAGGGGUUGCUAAUCUUGCAGGCAUAAUGGCAGCAAAGCAAACAAGUAACUUGAUUCCACUGUGUCAUAAUGUGCAAAUUGAUUUUGUUAAUCUAGAGAUUUCAUUGCUUGAGACAUCUCAUGAAAUUCUGAUCAAAUCUCUGGUUAAAACAACACAUAAAACAGGUGUUGAAAUGGAGGCAAUGACUUCUGUGACAGUAGCAGCUCUAACUAUUUAUGAUAUGUGUAAAGCUGUAUCCAAAGAAAUAACUAUCAAAUCUGUGAAACUAUUAACGAAAACUGGUGGUAAAGAAAAUUUUAUCAGGAAGUCAUAGAUGUAUUUUUGAGAUUGUUUUAUCAUGCUCUUUGUGGAAAAGAGACGGCAUAUAACUUGGAAAUAUUGCGGGUGGGAAAUAAAUAUAUUACCUGCUAAUUUAUGUUAAAAUAGCCUAUCUGGAAGAAAACAUUUUAAAUUAAAAUGUGAGCUGACACAGAACUUGAGUUACAGCCCUAAAUAAAGUUUGAAAUCAUCGGUGAUGUGUUGAUCCAAGACCAAGGCUGCAGAGUUGGAGUCGGACUGAUUUUGGAGUAGGGAAGUUGGAGUCAAGCGUGCAAGGUUUAAAAUUCCAAGAGUUGAAAUCGGUCAUUUUCCCUCAAAGCCUGCAACUCUGCCGGUAUUUGCAGAGUCGGAGUCAGGCUGAUGUAGGGAUAAAGGUUCUAAAAAUCCCGGAGUCUUGGUCGGUCCUUUUGCCUCCGACUCCACAGCCCUGUCUCAAACUAUCAAAAACUGAUUCAAACCACCAGACCAUAAAACUUGGUAGUCUGUUUGCAGAGAAUCAAUCCAUUUUAUAUCGGAAUUUAGCCUGAGCCUGAAGGGUCUUGAGCACAUAAAAGCAAAAUUCUAAAAAAAAAAAAAGAGCUUUAGAAAAAUAUAUUAGGCUCAUGAAUAAUCAUUUGCAUACUUUUGUACAUAGCCCAAGCUGCUUCACUUUUACUUGUAAACUAAAUUUACCCAUGAUGUCUUUACAAAAAAUUUUAAUUCACAACUUAUGGGAGCUUUUGCGCUUUAAAUAGCAAAAUUUCUGUAUUUACCAUCAAGGACUAGUUUGGUUUCACGACAGUAGAAACACAAUCCAAUCUGACUAAAUAUUGUUCAAUUUUGUAAAAUUUUAAGCAUGUCAUCUGUUAUUUAUAUUGUUUACCUGGAAAUAUAUUGAUGUAUAACACAUCUUGUCUAUAAAAUUGCUUUGUAUCAAAGAAUCGAACUUAUAUUGCACUUUAUCUGAAAUAUAAUUUAUACAAAUAAAGUA